GAUGCAGCCCUGGGAUCUGUACUGAACCGUCUUGAGUGUGUCAAGCUCCAGGUGGGUCUGGCAGCACCAGAGAAGCCAGCCAGUCACCCUUCAAGUCUGCACGCAAACACAUCACCAUCUUGAAUGAGAGUGAUGAUGGUCGUGUCGACAGGAGUUUGACAGUAUUGCUCCCAGAGCACCAGCCAGCGCAGCACCAUGGGCCGCCUUGAUGGAAAAGUGAUUGUGUUGUCAGCUGCAGCGCAGGGGAUUGGACGUGCCGCCGCCAUUGCUUUCGCGAAGGAGGGCGCUCAAGUCACUGCAACGGACAUUAAUGGAGAGAAGCUGAAGGAGUUGGACGGCAUACAAGGGAUCAAGAUCAAGGUUGUGGAUGUGACAAAGAAGGACCAAGUGGAGGCUCUGGCCCAGGAGCACGAUCGCGUGGACGUGCUGUUCAACGUAGCUGGAUUUGUGCACCAUGGCUCCAUCCUGGACUGCGAAGAAGCAGACUGGGACUUCACCAUGGACGUGAAUAUCCGCAGCAUGUACCUCAUGUGCAAGGCCUUCCUCCCAAAGAUGUUGGCCAGAAAGUCGGGAAACAUCAUAAACAUGGCGUCAGUGGCUUCCAGCAUCAAAGGUGUUGUGAAUCGGUGCGUCUACAGCACCUCCAAGGCUGCCGUGAUCGGGCUCACCAAAUCCAUCGCUGCUGACUUCAUUGAGCAGGGGAUUCGGUGUAAUUGUGUGUGUCCCGGUACUGUUGACACUCCAUCGCUGAGAGGAAGAAUCCAGGCUCAACCUGACCCCGAACAAGCGUACAAGGAUUUCAUGGCACGACAGAAAACUGGCAGGAUGUGUACAGCCGAGGAAGUGGCGCACCUCUGUGUGUACCUGGCUUCUGAUGAGUCUGCCUAUGUGACUGGGACCGAGCAAAUCAUCGACGGAGGAUGGCGGCUGUGAAUUUGAUUCAUCAUCCGUGACAGAUUAUAAUGUGUAAACAUUCUUUAUCUUGAAGUCAAAAAUUCAUAUUCGGGGAGAUGAAGAAAUUUCAGCAAUAUUUGGCAGAAGUGAACACGAUUGUAAUAUAAAUUUAACUAUAAAUGUCAAAUUUUUUUAAUUGACCAGUUAAUAUUCCGACAAUAGUUGCCUUUUAAAUAACAAAUAUUCUGAAUAGAUCCAUCAGAAGAAACCUGUUUGUCACUUUCAGCUGAUCAAAUGAAAAUAUUGACAGAUAUAUAAACCCAGAAAUAAAUAUUUGCUUUCA